AGUAAAUACAUGCAGAACGAACAGCUAAACGAAUUUACUCCAGCAGAGCAUAUUCAUCAGAUUCGCUCAUAUUUCGAUAUCAUAGACAAUGCAGUUCAAAUUGG